ACAUGAGAAUUCAUACUGGAGAGCAGCCUUACACCUGCCCUCAAUGUGGGAAGAGUUUUACAUAUAAACAAGGUCUUAAUGCACACAUGAAAAUUCACACAGGAGAGAAGCCUUACAUAUGUGAUGAGUGUGGAAAGAGUUUCUAUCAACAAGGAUACCUCAAAUUCCACAUGAGGAGUCACUCUGGAGAGAGUCCUUUCACCUGCCAACAAUGCGGAAAGAGUUUUACAAGAAAAGCGAACCUUGAAGUCCACAUGAGAAUCCACACUGGAGAAAAGCCGUUCAUAUGCCCUCAGUGUGCAAAGAGUUUCCAUCAACCAGCAAACCUUAGAGUCCACAUGAGAAUUCACACAGGAGAGAAACAUUUUACCUGCCAACAGUGUGGAAAGAGUUUCACUCAAAAUGGAAACCUCAAAGCCCACAUGAGGAUUCACGUAAGACCGAACUGUUUUAUGUGUCUUGUGUGUGGAGUGAGUUUCACGGACGGGAACGAAUAUAAGAAUCAUGUAACAACUCACACUGGAGAGACAUGAGAGUUCACAGUGAAGUGAAGCCUAUCACAUGCUUCCCUGAGGAAAGAGUUUCAGAGUCAUAUGAGGCAUUACAAGCCAUUUACUAAUCUUAAAGUGCUAGUUCACCCAAACUUGGUUAACCCUCAAGUUGUUCCAAACCUGUAUGAGUUUCUUUCUUUAGGCUGGAAUACAUUACACGACCUUUAACAUCUAAACAGAUUUUACAAACACUAGGCAUCGUACACU